CUUUUCGAUUGAAAACUUGAAGACCACAGUUGUGUUUUUCCUUGCAUUUCACGUUUCGUGUCAAAAUCUGAAGACUUAAAACAUGCGUUACGUGGCUGCAUACUUGUUGGCUGUUAUCGGCGGAAAGGAAGCCCCCGCUAAUGCAGACCUUGAGAAAAUUCUCAGCUCUGUCGGUAUUGAGGUGGAUACUGAACGUCUUUCAAAGGUGAUUAAGGAACUCGAUGGCAAAAGUAUUGAAGAUCUGAUCAAGGAAGGACGUGAAAAGCUGUCUUCGAUGCCAGUCGGCGGCGGUACUGUAUCUGCUGCUCCGUCCGCAGGCACUGCAGCAGCUCCAGCUGGUGGGGACAAAAAAGAAGCUAGCAAAGAUGAGAAGAAGGAAGAUUCCGAGUCUGAGGAUGACGACAUGGGUUUCGCUCUCUUCGAGUAAACCGACAUUGUUGGCAUGCUCCCGAAAAGUCGUAUAUAAAGCAAAACACGUACAAUAUCAUGAGGUUAUAUCACAAAAAAUAAAAAUGCGUUGCGAGCAGUCGCCAUCUGAAAUAAAGCUUUAAUUUGCAGCUCGCGAUUAAAAAAUGUAUUUCAUAGCCCAGAAACAUUUUGAAUAGCUCA